UAUUUUCAGUACUUCUUUAUGCCUACAUUGAGUCAAUAUGUUCUUGGGUUGUGUUGGAGGCUGCUGUCUUCUCUCCUGAUUACAAGAAAUAAGUCUGAUGUACAGAACCAGAACUUGUAACAAGAUCAGCACAAUUGUUAUUUUUGUGCAGACUGCAAUGGUUUCAGUAAUAUUUGUGCUUCUGUAUUGCUUGCAUCCUUAUGAAAACCUUAACUUUCCUGACUUUUGUUGUGCUGCUUGAGACCUCAUUUGCCCCUUCUUGCUUUGUUUCCUCUGUGCUGCCUACAUCCUGGGGCCAAAUUAAGCAGUGUCUGAACAAGAAAGAGAAUCUGUGCAUCGUGAACACAAUUGACAAAGAUGAUGUCUUCCGAUCUGUUACUAACAGCUUUGUCUGGUUUAGCUGUCUUAAUUAGCCUCAAAUUAAAUACGUACUUUGCAGUGUCUAGACUGCGUCUGCCUAUGGAAAUAGCAGGUGUCUGUGUGGCAUCCAGAGUCUCAGUGGAUGUGGCCAAGAGCUAGAGGAUGGCGGAGCAUCGCCGAGGCCCUCCCAAGCAAAGUUACGCUCGGAAGGAGCUGUGCUGAAUGGUGAGGGAAAGUGUCUGGGUCCCGGUGGUUCCCUCGCUGGCACGGCUCUGCGGUGCUGCUUCGCUCGUAAAAUCAGGUCGACGGGAAAUGUCAAACGUGAAUGAGCCGAACUUUCUGCUCUGCCCUGCGGACCCGGGGUUGUUUGACUUGGAUCCUGACCUGUUGCCCCUUUUCCAGUACAACUGCAAGCAGUUUGCCAGUCCUCAGGAGUGCCUCUCUGCCCCUGAGUUCCUGGAUCACAUCAGGAAGGUCAUGCUGGUGAUUGAUGCUGCUGUGAGCCACCUGGAGAACUUGUCUUGCCUGGAAGAGUAUCUCUGCAACCUUGGCAAGAAGCACCAGGCAGUUGGUGUGAAGACCGAGUCUUUCUCGACUGUUGGUGAGUCCUUGCUGUACAUGCUGGAGAAAUGCCUUGGCACUGCCUUCAGCCCAGAGGUGCAGGAGGCUUGGAGCAAACUCUACAGUGCUGUGGUGAAAGCCAUGCAGCGCGGCUGGGACACCCACCCAGAAGGGGACUAGAUCUUGCCAGCCAUCCCCAUCCCUGACCAUGCAGCAGUCCUGAGCACAGGGAGCACUCACACCACACUCUCUGCCUCUCCCCACCUGUCUCUCUCUGUGCACCAGCCCAUUGCUGUCUCCACUAGUCACAUGUGCUUUGGGGCUCUCACAGUGAUUCAGCCUUGCUUCAACACAUCUCUGCCUUUGCCAAGGGCUGGCAGCGUACGUCCCUGAAGUGAGGCCUGGGUGUGCAGCAGCACAGGUAUGCCACUCUGCCCCAAGUUCCUUUGGGCUAGUUGGAGCACCAACACCCAUGUACCUACUCUGGUUUUUAGCUGGCUCGUCUUCCUUCCUCUGACUACCCACCCUAGUUAGGUGACACCUGGCAUAGGCCUCUUGGGCUUAUUUGCCCGAGGUCCUAUUUGCUGUGCCUGUACUUGCCAGGUCUGGCACUGCUUGCUCCUCCUGCACUGCUGUGUCUGGUCCAGCUGUGGCAGUGAUGGAUUUGGCUCCCUCCAGGGGCAGGGGCAGAGGCAGCAGAGGUGAGGGCUGGUCACAACAUGAGGCUUUUCCCCCUUUCCCUUCACCAACACAUCACUAACAGAUGGUUAAUCCUGGUGCUCUCUUCAGUCUUGCCUCUGCCCUAGAUGGGAUCCAUGGUUUUCCCUGUGUCAGGUUGGCCACAACUCAGUAGGUUUCCUAGGGAUGAUUCAAGCAGUGGUGUCACAUUAGUCUGGGCUGCCAGCUGAAAGGCUUUGUGUUGGUUUGGCCAGUUGGUUUAACCUUAGAGCCACCUGAAAUGCAGCAGCAGUGUCUGUUUACUGCUUUGUGUUGAGGAGAAUAAAAUAAAUACAAGGCAAAGAUGUCUUAAAAUAAAAAUGAAGGUUGCAAUCAUGUCAUGGCAACAGCUUCCAGAAAUUCUGGCUCUUGGCCAGAGGAAGCAUAGCUGGAAUCUUUCUGCUGAUGCUGUCAGAACCUGGAGUGCUUCCCAGCUGCACACAGUACCCAUGUGCAGAGUUCCUCACAGGAAUGAGAAGAUGGCAUCUGCCAGAAGAAAUCCCAGAAAAUGUCUGAGAAGCAGUACCUGAGGACUCUGGGGGAAGCUGAGCUUGAGCACUUUAAGGCAGUGUUCAUCUUUAUGUGGAAGUCACUGUGGAACAGGCAGAACCAUGUUUCUAGCCAUCACUAGCCCCAGAGCAAGUACAUGGAGCAAUUUUUCAGUUACAGGGGUAUGGACAGGAGGAGUCUGGUGUUGAGGGCUGAGAUGGUCCUGUUCUGGACACACAUUCCUCCAAUACUCAGAUAUCCUCCAGGAUGGGGCAGGAGAAGGCUCCCAAGCCCAUGCCAUGGAGGGAAUGAUGGGUCUCUGAUUUCCUGAUACCAGGCCUGAUGGUAGCCAUGGACUUCCAGCAAGCAAAGAGCCUUCCAGCUGUGUUUGGUAGGCAAACUGAGAGGUGUUGUAGAUCAGGCAGUGAACAUCCCCAUGUUCAUUGUUCUCCCCAUGGUACCAUGUUCUGCUUCUGCAGUGCUACAGUGUGGUGCUGUGCAUUCUGGCCUCUGGCUCUCUCCAUCUGCUGGAUGAGGCGAAGUCCUCCCCAUUCUUGCACCCAGCAAUGAGGGAUGGAGGACCCAGGCCUGGAGGGAGGCACUAGCUGUGAUGGCAUGAUAUGGGGCAGGAGGGUUUGGGAAUGCGAAUGUCCUCUUUGCAACCCUGUUCUGGGGCAUCAGCCUUCAGCAUCAUGGGAGUGUGACACCUUCUGGCUCUGUGUGACAAGUAGGCAGCUGUGUGAUGGAUGGGGUGUAGGUGUUACUGCCUCAAACCAUCCCUGCCCCCUCUAGCUUUCCCAGCUCCUUGACUUCUCCUUUUCUGUGCCACGUUUUGUGUAACUCCCAAGAGAACUGAACUAGUUUGUGUGCCUCUUAUACCCAGCUGUACUGUUUAAUAAAGAACAAGAGUGUAUCUUA